UAGAUGUACCAGUAGAUGGCAGAGUUAUGUAACACAGUUGAUUUCCUGGUUCCUGCACUUGCAGAACACUUCCUGAUAUCUCUCUGAGUCAGAUUUGUUAGUUUUUAUGAUCAGAUACUUGCUCUGCUGUUGGGAAUAAAGGUCAGAGUUUCGUUAUCACAUGACAAAUGUGGAAGUUUGCAGGAACUCUGGCUUGUUUCACGUCUGAGAUAGAAGGCUGAUUGUCUUGCCAUCAUGAGGGCAUGUGGGAAAGCAGCUCUCUGCUUCCUGCUGCUACUCGGUCUGAUUCAGACACCGUUGUGUGUUACAGCUGGGAAAAUCCUCAUCUGGCCAGGAGAAUUCAGUCACUGGCUUUACAUGAAAACAAUCAUGAAUGAGCUUAUAGUGAGAGGACACAGUGUGACCAUCGUUACCCACAGUGCUACACCGUUUCUACUGAAAGACCAGUCUCUGGGCUACAACAUGGAGAUCAUACAGGUGCCUUACAGCACAAAGGACGUUACUGAAAACAAUGAAAGGAUUUUGAAGUACUGGAUAUACGACUUUCCAAGUACCAGGAUCCAAGCUUUUUUAAAUCUUGCUGAAUCACUUGACAUUAUGAUGGAGCAGAAUAAAGCGUUAUGCAGGGAGCUUUUUGCACGUGAAGAUCUGCUGGAGAAGUGGAGAAAGGAAAAGUUUGAUGUUCUUCUGACAGAUCCUGUAACUUUAUGCGGCGAAUUGCUUGCACAGAAGCUCAAUCUGCCCUUCAUCGUCUGUGUCAGACCCUUUUAUAUUAUGGAGCGACACUGUGGGCAGCUUCCAUCUCCACCGUCCUAUGUUUCUGCAUCUAGCCUGGGCUAUACAGAUCGCAUGGAUUUCCUGCAAAGAGUGAAAAAUGUUUUGUUUACUUUCUUUCAAGAUGUAAUGACUAAUAUCAUGAUCAUGGUGAAAUGGAAUCCCCUCUUUACAGAGGUCAUGGGCAAACCCACAACACUAUGUGACACUAUGAGCAAAGCUGACAUCUGGUUAAUCCGAACUUAUUGGGAUUUUGAAUAUCCACGGCCGCUCCUCCCAAACUUUAAAUUUGUUGGUGGAUUACACUGCAAACCUGCAAAACCUCUACCAAAAGAAAUUGAGGACUUUGUCCAGAGCUCAGGAGAUGAUGGUAUUGUGGUGUUUUCAUUGGGGUCCAUGAUAAAAAACCUCACCAAAGAGAGAGCGAACACCAUCGCUACAGCGCUCGGACAGAUUCCCCAAAAGGUCCUGUGGCGAUACACAGGUGAGAAACCAGAAACUCUUGCUCCUAAUACAAGACUCUAUGACUGGAUUCCUCAGAAUGAUUUACUAGGACAUCCUAAAACCAAGGCCUUCAUCACCCAUGGUGGGCUUAACGGAAUAUAUGAAGCUAUUUAUCAUGGAGUUCCCAUGGUGGGCCUGCCGCUGUUUGCUGAUCAGCCUGACAAUAUAAAUCACAUGACAACCAAAGGAGCUGCUGUGAUGCUUGACAUUAACAAAAUGGACUCCAAGGACUUGAAGCAGGCUCUCGAUGACGUCAUUAACAAUCCGUCCUACAAGGAGAGCAUGAUGAGAGUAUCUCGAAUCCACCACGACCAACCGAUGAAGCCGCUAGACCGAGCUGUCUUCUGGAUCGAGUAUGUGAUGCGCAAUAAAGGGGCCAAGCACCUGAGGGUUGAAGCCCAUAACCUCACGUGGUAUCAGUACCACUGCUUGGACGUUGCUGCUUUUUUGCUUUCUGUAAUUGCGUUAGUCGUGUUUAUCUUUGUAAAAACAUGCAGAUUGCUCUUCCGGAAAUGUUGCAGAAAGACCUCAGCAAAGAGCAAGAAAGAGUGAAGCAUCUGUAUAUAAUGUGUUAAUAAUUACUGUGAUGUUUUGACAUACAUUUUAGGAAUAAAGCACUGUGUUAAAUGUACACUGUACAAUCCAGAGUUUUUUACUCUUUACAGUACAGUAAUAAUGAUCAGGUUUACUUUUAAAUAAUUCCAACACACUUGAGCACAAAGAUAUAGAACAGAGGUUUUUUUUUAUCUGUAUGAUUUACAUCAUGGUUUCCUUUUUAAAUAAAGAAUAUUUAGCUUUAUUGCUGAUAGAGUAAAAUUUAUUUUUAAUCAUUGUUUUCUUUUUAUCACCUCAACUGUACUCUCUUAGUAGCUUCUUCUCCUUCCUUGACUGCUUUUAUCCCCUGCCUUCUUAAUCCCUGGGGCUUGAACCACCAACCUUCUGCUUAGUAAACCAGAGAACUUUAUAUACCAAUAUCCUUUGUGCCACUUUUAUCUACCCCAUCACAUCAGCAUUCACAAAAUCAUAUCUGAGGUACUUAAGCCAAACAGCUCCACCUUCCACUUCCACCAGUUUUGUAUUCUGAUUCAUUUCAUCACAGCCUAACUCUUCUCCUGUUCUCCUAAAUGUUUGUACUGUACAUUCAGUGGAUUAAUGCUGUUUGUUAGAUGUGCCACUAGAUAGUAGUGUAAUGUAAUGUGUCUAAGGAAGAACUGAGCAAAAAUAAAUAAAUAAAGCGA